ACGUGACCGGAAGUAAUAACCUCACACUGCUUUGUUUAUGUUACUUGGGGUAGCUACUCGACUAGCAUUCCUCAAAAUGUCAAAAAUAGAGUUGCUGAGAUUGUUUCUCAACGAAAGAUUGACAGCUGCUGCUGAUGAGAUAUUUGGGACAAUUGAAAAGACAAUUGUAGAGUACCAGGAAGAARUGUCCCGAACGAAAGARGAGAACAGCCGUCUACGGGGGAUGUUACGGUUACAAAAAACAGACCCCCAGCYGCUGACUGUCUCAGACGAGGAUCUUCCCCCUGAGCAGCAGCACUGUGAGCAGCAGUGGAGCCCAAGUCUGGAACAGGAUGGUCCAGAGGCCACACAGAUUAAAAAGGAGCAGGAGGAACUCCGGACCAGUCGGAGGGAAGAGCAACUUCAAUGGCUAGAGUCUGGUACCAAAGACUUCACAUUCAGUCCGUCCUGUUUGAAAAGUAACUAUGAUCCGAUUCAGAACCCAACUCAUUCAUCACAUCUUCACCAWGUACAAAGUGAGGAAAGCAGAGAGAACCCAACUCAUUCAUCACAUCUUGACCAAAUACAAAGUGAGACAAACAGUGAGAACCCAAGUCAGUCCUCAUACCUUCACCAAAUAGAAAGUGAGGAAGACGGAGAGAACCCAGCAGCUCAGUCCUCAUAUCUUUACCAAAUACAAAGUCAGGAAAACCGAGAGAAGCCAUGGCAAUGCCGUGUUUGUGACAAAUGUUUCAGCAAUAUUCAUCAUCUGAAAGCGCACGUGAGGAGUCACACAGGGGAGAGACCAUAUAAGUGUCCUAUAUGUAGAAAAUGCUUUAUGACAACAAGCGCAUUGAAUAGGCAUCAGACAAUUCACACUGACGGAAAACCGUUUAGGUGUAAUUAUUGUGGCAAAUCCUUCAAAUGGAUGAACUCCCUUGGAAGGCACAUAAGGAUUACCCACGAGAGGGAGAAUAUAUGACAGCACCWUGUGUGGGGAAAGGGCAACAGCUGUUAUGAAAAAGUAUAAACUUUUUAUAUUCUAUUGCCAUAUAAUAUUAUAAUAUGCCAUAUGCUAUUGCCAUAUAAUUACACUAUAACAAAAUAGAACACUAUGUUAUGGUUAAUUAUAGGAUAUCUAUGGCUAUUUUGUGUGUGUUGUCUUUUACUUUUUUUGUGUGUGUUGUUUGUAACCACUUUCCCAGGGACUGCAGAUGGAAAUAUGUCUUGAUCAAUGUGYGUUGUCUUUGUCAAAUAAAUCAAAUAAGGUCAAGAUUUCAGAGGCGUAUCUUACACCUGUCUGUGCAUAAAGAUUGUUUUUUUUGUUCAUAUGUUGUAAUGUCAUGUCACAUCUGUUUUGACCAUUUCCUCCAGUGAUCACAAGAGCCAAAACAUUUUCCAUAUGCUUACAUUACUGUACUUUUUUUUUUUAUACCUCAGUGAUCUUUGUAAUGUGCACACCUGAUGGCAAAAAAAAAAAAAUCAACACACCAAAUCUGUUGCCAUAGUCGUAUCCCUACUUAGCUAUGUUUCUGAGUUUGUUGCCAUUGAAGAAACAUGUUCAAUAAUUAAAGUAUGUAAAUAAUUCAGUCCGAGAACUAAGGAGAUAUCACAUGACUUAGAUUUGAGACUGAUGAUUUGAAAUGAUCUGGCCAGGUUUUGUAACGUUUUGUCACUGCCUACUCAUUUUGUGGCACAGUCUCCAUGGGUUAGGCUACUCUCCACCCAGAGACAGUAUCGCACUUCCAAAAAACGGAUUGGCUAGUGAAACGCACACUCGACCCUCUGAUUGGACCAGAAAACUGUCAAUCAACAUGGAUCGGAUGCGCUACAGUAACGCGGUGCGAAAGAUUUGGGGUCGCAAGUGUGAAA